UCUGCGGCCUGUAAAGAAAUACGUCAGAUUCCCUCCUUGGUUUCCAAGGCGCUUGCCGCACUCCCUCCCCUCUCCUCGCGCCCCUUCCCGCCAGCCGCGUCGCGAGAUCCAGACCGAAGUUCUCUCUAUCUUACUAUCAAGCCAUAUAAUUCUGCAGUUACUUGGUCAAAAUACAUUGAAUCUAUGCUUUGUGGCGCUUUACAAGUGAGAACAGAUGGCUACUGCUACCCGAUCAGGACGAUUCAAUAAAGAUGAAGGCACUAACAACUCAAAAAUUAGGAGUGCUGGGUUGAUAGCGAAAUAUAUGAAAGGUUCCACUGCUUCUGGUUCAACAGCAAAUGGCAGCUCAAAAAGCAGAACUAGUAAAAUCAGUGCAAAAGAUAUCGAAAGUCCAACCACCUCAGACAUCAAAGCAAUUGAUUCAUCUAAUUUGAGAAGGUCUACCAGGGAAACACCUACGAAAAAAAUGAAUGCAUCAACUUCUGGCUUGCAAAAAUCUGGAAGGCCUGAAAAUGGACCUCCAUCUUCUUCAGAUAAGAGGAAGCCAGAAGGAACUGAGAAGAAAAGGCCACAAAGCCCUUUGAGAAGGUCAGAGAGAAUUGAGAAGUAUAAUGCUUCAAGCUCCUCUGGUUCAAAAAUUUCCAACAAAAGUUCAAGCCCUAUGCCGGUGAAGAAGAAAGUGAAUAAUGAAGAAAAAUUAGUGGAAUCAGGCACUGAAGAAGAAAGCAAGGACAAGAAGCUGGAUCUUAAGAGUGAUGGAUCAUCAAAAAAGAGAAAGAGAUUGGAUGCACGCAGUUACAGGGCAUUACUUAAGCCACAGGCAAAGAGACCUAAAAGUUCAGAUGCCACCACAAUGCACCAGGAAGAUGAUGCCUCACUAGGAGAUAAAAUUGAUUCUGGGGCUAGUGAUUCGAUGGAGCAUGGUGAAAGAAAGGGAGAUGAGCUUAGUUUGAAAUAUUCCAGUGAAAAAUUUGAAGAAGCUGUGGAGGGAUCUAGUGCAGACUUAAAAGGUCUUGCUGAGUUGACCUUGGGAGUUGAGGGAGAAGGAAAGGCACCUACUAGCAUGAAACAUGACAUUAUUGAAACUAAUGAGCCUAGAACUGUAGAUAUUUGGCCGCAAGCAAAGUGCAGCAGCAUUCUGUUACAAUCUUCUCCAGUUGGAAGUGCUGCCACGGAUAAUAGCAGUGGCUAUGUUCAAAGAGAGAAUGUUGGUGGAGCUGACAGAAUUAACACAUGUGGAUUUGAUAAGGAGGAUCUGGGAACUGCAGAAACGAUAGAGUCUGCCUCUGAAGAUAAGUCCCUUGCUGGUAAUCUUUGUUUAGAAAGCGGGGCCAUUUCAGUAGGACCAUCAACUAAACAAAUCCUUAUUCUGGAAACUUCUACAGCAGAUGCAAUGGCCUCAUCUCCUUCUGUGACUAAAAAGAAAAAUUUGGAGAAAUGCAUAGUGUUCUCUAAAUUUAAAAGGGUGCAAGACUCCAAAGAUCAGGAAUUAUGUCCAUGCGAACACACAACAGAACAUGAGGAAGUCUUUGAGACUGUUGUUUUGUCAGAAAAUCCACAAAAAGAUGAGAAUAUUUUUGGGUGCUCCCAAGAGGUCGAAGCUAAAAGAAGUUCUGUUCCAGAAACUAGAGAACAGUUUUCUGAUUCUGCAAUGCAAAACUGCUUCAUAACAUCAGCUGAUACAAGAUAUGUCACUGUACCUAUGGAUGGGGAUAGGGCAAGACUUGAAUUCAGUGACUGCAUGGGUGUUCCAAAUGAACAGCUUAGGUCAACUUACUGGAAGGAGUCCACAACGGAAAGUGGUGCAAGUGCAUGUGUUAUCUGCAAGCAUCCUGGACUGCUUUUAUGUUGUGAUGGGAAAGACUGCAAAAGAAGCUACCAUCUUUCCUGUCUGGAUCCUCCUCUGCAAAGUAUUCCUCCUGGCCUUUGGCUUUGUAUACCUUGCAUUAAAAAAAGGAUAGUGUUUGGGGUAUACUCGGUAUCUAAGGGGAUGGAAUCUGUUUGGGAUGUUAAAGAAGGAAUGCAGAAUGACAAGGUUUAUUUUGUCAAAUAUGAAGGUCUUUCCCAUGUCCAUAACUGUUGGAUUCCAGAAAGCAAGAUGCUUCUUGAAGUUCCUGCACUUGUGUCUAAAUUUAAUAGGAGAUAUCAGAAAGAGAAGGUUGCCUAUGCAAAGAUCAUAAGGUGGAAGCAAGAAUGGACUGAGCCACAUCGGUUGUUGCAGAAAAGGUUGCUGAUGUCCCAGAAUCUGGCUGAUGAGUUCUUUCAUGGGCUAGGAAAUAAUGUUUCAUAUUGUUAUCAUGAGUGGUUCGUGAAAUGGAAGGGUCUUGGUUAUGAGCAUGCUACAUGGGAGCUUGAAAACUCACCAUUUUUAUGCUCAUCUGAUGGGAGGAUGCUUAUAAAAGAUUAUGAGACUCGCCGUGAGGAGGCAAAAAAAACAUCUGAUCCUUCAAGAACUGAAAAGGCUUUGCAGAUAAAGAGAAAGCCUUUCCAAAAAUUGUCCAAGCUGCCUGAUGGGUGUCCACCUGGACUUGAUAAUGAUCAUCUAAAUUCUGUUAACCGGCUUCGUGAGUUUUGGCACAAGUCUCAAAAUGCUAUUCUUGUUGAUGAUCAGGAGCGAGUUGUUAAAUCCAUAUUAUUUAUAAUAGCCUCACUAUCUCAUGCAUCUCGGCCUUUUCUCGUCAUCUCAACAAUCACAUCUCUUUCCUUAUGGGAAACUAAAUUCAAUCGCUUAGCACCAUCUAUUAAUGUUAUUGUCUACAAUGGAAGCAAAGAUGUUCGUAAGAUUAUUCGAACAUUAGAAUUUUAUGAAGAAGGUGGUUGCAUAAUGUUUCAAGUUCUUCUAUCACAUCCUGAUGCUAUUAUUGAGGACUUUGGAAAUGUAGAUUGCAUCGGCUGGGAAGCAAUUGUAGUUGAUGAGUGUCAAAACUCUAGGGUAUCCAAAUACUUUGAACAACUUAAGAAUCUUUCCACUGAUUUCAGGCUUCUCCUUUUAAGUGCACCAUUGAAGGAUAGCCUUGCUGAAUACCUCAAUCUGCUCUCAUUCCUUGAUUCAGGAGGAAAAGAGAAUUGUAUCAGUAAUUUGAAGUUUGAUCAUAACGAUCAUGCUGGUACACUUGCCAUAUUGAAAGAGAGAUUAGCACGUUAUCUUGCAUAUGAACGCAAACCGGACUCCUCAAAGUUUAUAGAGUACUGGGUUCCUGUUUGGUUUUCAAAUGUGCAGCUUGAACAAUAUUGUGCCACAUUAAUUUCAAGCUCCAUUGCUCUUCGUUCAUGUUCGAAAAUUGAUCAUGUUGGAGCUCUUCGUGACAUUCUUAUAUCUACUCGGAAGUGCUGUGACCAUCCUUACCUAGUUGACAAGUUGUUGCAAAAUUCACUAACCAAAGACCUUCCAGUGGUUGAUAUUUUGGAUGUUGGAGUAAAUGCAAGCGGAAAACUACUGCUACUUGAUAAGAUUCUCAAAGAGAUGAAAAAUCGAGGUUUAAGAGUGCUGAUACUUUUUCAGUCUAUCAGUGGGACUGGAAGGAAUUCGAUUGGUGAUAUCUUGGAUGAUUUUCUUCAUCAGAGAUUUGGUGCUGAUUCAUAUGAACGUGUGGAGAGUGGAUUGAUUAUGUCCAAAAAAUUGGCUGCUUUGAAUAUGUUUAACGAUAAGGCUAAAGGAAGAUUUGUGUUUUUAAUUGAAAAUCGUGCUUGUCUCCCAAGUAUCAGACUUUCAUCAGUUGAUGCUAUUAUUAUUUAUAACAGUGAUUGGAAUCCAUUGAAUGACCUAAGAUCUCUUCAGAGAAUAAGCCUUGAAUCAAAGUUUGGACGGGUAAUGGUGUUUCGUCUAUAUUCAUCUUAUACGGUGGAGGAAAAACUUUUGAUAUUCGCAAAGCAAGAUAUGAUUCUUGAGAGCAAUAUACAGGGCAUAAGCACUAGUGUUAGCCAUUCACUUCUCAGUUGGGGUGCCACAUAUCUCUUCAGUAAACUUGAUGAAUUUCACCAGCAGGAGAACCUAAACAAUUGUUCUGAAAAUUCCACUGACAAUUUACUCUUGGAUAAUGUAGUGCUGGAGUUGUUAACAAAAUGGCACGGCAAGGCGGAAGCUUGUAAUCCUAGCAACUGCUCAGUUUUGAUAAAAGCACCGCAGAGUGGAGCAUCUUAUUCGAGGAACAUUACGUUGGUUGGUGAGAAGGAUGGUAUCUCCUCAUUGGAUAAAGAUCCACCCAGCUUCUGGUCAAUUUUAUUGGAUGGAAGGUAUCCUCGAUGGCGAUAUAUAUCUGAGUCAUUUCAGGGGAGCUGCAGAAAAUUUCAGCAUCUUGAUAGUUCUCUAAUGAUACCAGAUGAAGUAAAUGAUGAGGUGAAGAAAAAGCAUCGAAAAGUAGUAGUUAGCAACACUGUUAUUUCUUUGCAAAGCUGCCUUCAAGAAAAAGGAAAAGAAGCAGCUGAGGGCAAGGGUUCUAUGCUGCCUGAAAACUUGACUCAAUGUGGCUCCAAUCAUCCAUCCCUUAUUUCUCCAUGGAAAGAAGCACUUGCUCCGAGCAUAACAAUGAAGGAAUCAGUUGCAGAAUUGUCUGGAGAUCGAAGUAAUAUUUUGAGACAACACACGGUCACUUCACCACAUGUUACAAGUCAAGCAAUCCAUAAUCAGAACGAAUCUCUCUUAUCAGUUGAUACUUCAGGAGUACAUAAAUCUCCUAGUGUUGAAUCUGAAGGGAGCGAAACAUUGAGGAAUGUGCAGAGGAGCCUUCAUGUCCAGUUGAAGCCAGAGUUGUCAAUACUAUGCAAAAUUUUGAGCCUUUCAGAUGAUGUCAAGCGCACAGCUGAAAUGUUUCUUGGGUAUAUUAUCAAUAAUCAUCAUGUUAAUCGGGAACCAGAAACCUUAUUGCAAGCCUUCAAGAUAUCCCUGUGUUGGCAUGCUGCUUCUUUCUUGAAACACAAGGUGGAUCACCAAGAAUCGCUUGCACUUGCAAAAAAAUAUUUGAAUUAUCAGUGCAAUGAGGAGCUGGCCGAAUCUGUUUAUUAUAAACUGCGAAAAGUAAACAAAAAGUUUUCUUGUCGAACAGGUACUUUGAGGAAUGACAGUGAGCCAAAUUCCGCAGAGGAUAAUUCACCGCAAUCAGGAAAAGAUGUUGCUGGAGAACUUGUGCAUGAGAUGACUCCAAAUGUAGAUGUGUGUCAUCAUCAUGAAAUGGAUGGAGAGGAACUCAGAGAUAAACCUGAUUGUCUUAGGUUCACUGAACAGCAAAUAUUGGUGGAACAGGAGCAGGAGCAGGAAAAGGUCCUUGUGACUCCUCCAAUGCUUCAGCAUCAUAUUGAGUCAGUAAAAGAUGAACUCCUGAAAAGCCGAGUUGAUUUGAUUCAUAAAAUUUGUUCAAGAAGGGCAGAAGAGCUAAUUCUGAAGCAGCAACAAGAAAUUUCAAAUUUCAACAUACACAAGGAAGAAGGGAAAAUGAAAUUGAAGAAAGCUCAUGAUUUGGAUUUGGAGCUCAUCCACACCAUACAUAUGGAUUCCACAGUAAGAAAUGACAAGAUAAGAUUGCUAAAUCAAGAGUUCUCAAAAAAAAUGGCUGCAUUUGAGGAACACAUGAAAUGUCAGCAUGCUAACCUUGAAGUUAUGCAGUUAAAUGCAAGGAAUAAGGAGGAGCAGAUAAAGGAUAACUGGAUGGAAGAAGCUAAAGCUUGUAAACUAGCUGAGUCUUUUGACAGCAUUCCUUUGUCAGAUUCUGGAUUCAGGGUGGAAGAGUUCAGAGACAUCAGUGAGCAAACUGGAGCCUGUGAUGGUUCGGGAAACACAAUGCCUCGAUCUGGACCGUCUUCAGAUCCUCCAUUCGUUGAUGCGACAACAACAGAUCCUAUGGAAUCUAUUUAUUUGAAUGCUAAAUAUUCAGAAAAAUCUGCAACAAAUCAUACUAGUGGGGCAGUCGAAGUUUCAAUAGAAUCUGGGACCCUAUCUUCUCAGUCCAAUAACAGGAAUGGAAUGGAAUGUCUUAAACCAACUAACAUAUCUCCGGAAAUUCCGGCAAGUGUUUCACCUGGAGAGACAGGUAGCAUGCCUACUGGUGCCAGAGACCCAGUUCUGUGGUCCAAUAUCAUGAAUUCAGUGGGUAGCAGGCCUAAUGCAAUUCCUGUUGUCUCCGGAGAAACGACAGCUGUUGACAAUGAGCAAAUUGGUGGUGCAGAUAAUUCUGAUGGUGCAUGCUUGAUAUCUUCCCCUCUGCAAAGCAUUAUUGAGUAUCCUUCCUUUGUCAGUGCUUCAACAAGCUCUGGCUGUGAAAACAGUGUCUCAUCGAAUGAGGAACACUUUAUCAAUGAACAUGAAGAGCCUGCAGCAUGUGGUGGAGAGGAAAGGGAUCGCGGUUCUUGUUCUUCCCAACAAAUUGUGGUUCCUCCUCAUUCAGUUGAUAUUGUCCAUUCCCUAGUUGAACCAACCAAUCGGGAUGCAACCGUCUCAGAGUCACUUGAUCAAGUCUCUAGUUCUUCCCAAGAAAUUAUGGCUCCUUCCUCACAUGUAGUUGAUGUUGUCUCUUCACAAGUCGAACCGACCAAUCAGAGCACAACCAUCUCAGCCUCCCUUCAGCUUCAGUUGCCUCUGUCGACCGACAUGCCCGUAAUUGAACAUGGUCAAGAAAGCACGCCUCUACAUAUGGAAGGUGAAGAAGAGCCUACUCAUCAUAUACAUUGUACUAGCCAACAAAUUGAAGUGCCAUUACAACAACCGAAUGUUACUGCAGCUAUGCCUGUUGGGCAAUCGAGACAACUGGUAUCACAAUUAUCAGUGUCUGUUGUAUAUCCAUCACUUUCGAAUGCCAGUAUGCAAGCAGAAAGGCCACAUUCUGAGGAUUUGAGAAGCACCAGUGUGCAACCUUUAUCAGAAAGCCCUUUUCCCCAGCUUUUUCCUAUGGCACCAUUGUUGCCACCUCAAGGGCUCCAAUCUGAACCGCUUAAAAAUGAACUAACUAGGCUUCGAAUGCAUCAGGAUUCGCUUGCCAAGUUGCAUGAUGAUAAGAUAGUACGACUUAAAUUAGAGUGUGAUCAAGAGUUAGAGAGGGUAAGAAAGAAGUAUGAUGCUUUACUCAAGCAUACAGAGACAGAAUUUCUUCAAAAUAAGGAGAUGAUAGAGACAGUCUAUAACAAAGUGUACAUGAAUCAAAUUUUAGCUGAGGAGUUUAGGGCCAAAUUCGUUGAAAAUAAGGGAGCGACUUCUGCAUCUUUUCUGGUUCCAGGUCUAUGUUCAAGUUCUUUGCAGCACUUGCAUCAAGCAUCCCAGCCACAGGUUGCCGACAGGCCGGUGUCAGUCUUGUCUGUGCCUGUCUCAACUCCAGCUACGCUACCUCCAGGCCCUAGCCCUACGCCAACUCCGUCUUUGCUUGCCUCUCCCAGAUUUUGGGUCCCGGGAUCUACUGCUUCAUCGAUCUCCUCUGGUCAGAUGGUCCACAAUAUGGCUUCCAUCUUUCCUGGCAAUGUAGCCAGGCUUCGCUAUGGUCCAACACUUCCACCCUGUGGAAACCUUCAAGCUGCAAGUGAGACUCGUGCCCCUGCUCCACAUCUGCAUCGCUUCAGACCUCACACAUCCCUUUCAGUACAAAAUUUUGGGAUACCAACUAAUGGGAUGAGCAGUCAGCGGCAGGCUCUUGCUAAUCUGGGUUCUCCAUCUUCUUCCAGUGCUCAAGCUGCAGCUGUUUCCCACGUACUUUCAUCAGCGGUUUCGGUUGGUGGAACCUGUCAGCCCAUUAGUUCAAGUGUAUUACCAGUUUGUCGUGGUGCUGCUCUUGCCCCAGUCAACUUGCCCCUGGAUGCUGGGGACUUCCAGAUUGGAGCUGACCGGCAAAACCUGUCACAAUUAGCAGAUAUAAGCCCGAAUUUUGAUAGAUGGCUCUCAUCCAAUAUGGCUCUGACAGGUGAAUUGUCUCAAUCAUGUAUGGAUGCUACGAUGCCUUCUGUUUCAACAGAUGUUGUCUGCGUAUCAGAUGAUGACUGAUCGAUGUGGAGAAAGCAUCCCAAGUGCAACUUGCCUAUCCGAAAAUUUUGUAUCGUAUAUAACAGAUCAGAUCCCUAGAUAUGCAGUAAGCUGUGUCUUUCCAAGUGACACGGUGUCUUUCCAAGUGUUUAGACCAAUGGGGGUCAUGGUGCCUGAAGCUGCUGAUAUUUUAAAGAGUAAUCUUGCUUUCCAGUUGUUUCAGUUGGUGGAUCCUUUUUUGGAUAUAGAAAUGCUGUUAGGAGCUUUGUAUGCUAGGAUGUUGGCCAUCAGUGAAAGGCAUCAUUUGACUAAAUAGGUGUUUAUUUCUUGAUCCUGUGUCCUGCACAGAUUUCCCCACUCUUAUGACCAUUAAUGAAACUGAUUUUUCCUAAAAAUGUCAAAAUUUUUGCGUGAAGAUGGUAUCCGCAGUAGGGCAGAUCAUUGGUUUUACUUUCUGAUGUGUAAUCUGCAAGAUUGGCGGGAUGAGUCGAAUUAUUUCUGGGAUUCAAAUAUUAGUUGGUGAGAAA